AUGUCGGAUCCUCCAGUUAAACGAUAUAGAAGGGAAGAGAAGUCUUCAGAAUCUGAAGAAGAUAUAGAUAAUUACGAACCAUACGUGCCCGUAAAAGAUAGGAAGAAGCAGAAGUUAUUAAAGUUAGGUCGCCUUGGCCAGUUGUCUGCUGAGGCGGUAGCUGAAACGAAGAGCUCCAGCGAGAACGACCCAGAAGACGAGGGAUCACAAGAAGAAUGGGGUCGACGUUACAAUGUAUCAUUGCUCGACCAACACAGUGAAUUGAAGAGAUUGGCCGAGGCGAGGGCCCUGUCCGCAGCAGAGAGGCAGGCUAAGGAAGAAGAACAUAUACUGGAUAGUGUUGCACAGAGCAAGGCUUUGAUGGGUGUCGCUGAAUUGGCUAAAGGUAUUCAAUACUCUGAACCUAUAAAGACAUCGUGGAAACCCCCCGCAUGUAUCAGUUCCUUGCCUCCUGAACGCCACGAGAGAGUGAGGAGAGAACUCAGAAUACAAGUGGAAGGAGAAAAUGUACCUCCGCCCAUAAGGACGUUCAGACAUAUGAAGUUUCCUAAAGGUAUUCUCCAAGGUCUGGAGGCGAAAGGCAUAAAGAAACCCACACCGAUUCAAGUUCAAGGUAUUCCCGCGGUACUGAGCGGUCGUGACAUGAUAGGUAUAGCAUUCACCGGCUCCGGAAAGACGCUGGUGUUCACGCUACCCAUCAUCAUGAUGUGUCUGGAACAGGAGAUUGAGAUGCCUUUCAUCAGAAACGAAGGUCCCUACGGCCUCAUAAUCUGCCCGUCUCGAGAGCUCGCUAAACAGACGCAUGAUAUAAUAAUGCAUUUCGUUAAACAUCUCAAAAUGGCGGGACAUCCGGAAAUAAGAAGCUGUCUGGCGAUUGGUGGUGUAUCCGUGUCUGAGUGUAUGGAGGUUGUUCAAAGAGGAGUACACAUCAUGGUCGCUACACCUGGGAGGUUAAUGGAUAUGUUGGAUAAGAAGAUGGUUCGUCUGAAUGUUUGUCGCUACUUGUGUAUGGAUGAAGCUGAUCGUAUGAUAGACAUGGGCUUCGAAGAAGACGUCCGUACAAUCUUCUCAUACUUCGCGGGCCAGCGACAGACACUACUGUUCAGCGCCACCAUGCCUAAAAAAAUACAGAACUUCGCCAGAUCAGCGUUGGUCCAACCGGUCACAUUGAACGUGGGUCGCGCGGGCGCCGCGGCGUUAGCGGUUCGACAAGAGCUAGAACCUGUUAAAGCCGAGGCUCGAACCGUACAUCUACUACAAUGUCUACAAAAAACUCCACCACCAGUUCUGGUAUUCGCUGAAAGAAAACAACAUGUGGAUGCAAUACAUGAGUACUUAUUAUUGAAAGGAGUUGAGGCAGUGGCUAUACAUGGUGGCAAAGACCAGGAGGAAAGAUCCCGCGCCGUAGAAGCUUUUAGGAGAGGGGAAAAAGAUGUGCUUGUAGCUACUGAUGUUGCCAGUAAAGGUCUUGAUUUCGAGAACAUCCAACACGUAAUAAACUACGACAUGCCCGAAGAUAUUGAGAACUACGUCCAUAGAAUAGGUCGUACUGGGCGAGCGGGGACACAAGGAGUGGCGAGUACAUUACUAGGGCGGGCGGCAGAUUCUAGCGUUUUACGAGAUUUAGCCCAUUUACUGGUCGAAGCUGGGCAAAAAGUUCCUCAAUUCCUAUUAGAAAUGAUAGGAGAGGAUGGCCCCUUAUCUGGAGGGCCCGGUUGCGCGUAUUGUGGGGGCCUGGGACAUAGAAUUACUGAGUGCCCUAAACUAGAGGCUGUCCAGAAUAAACAAGCCUCAAAUAUAGGCAGAAGGGAUUACCUCGCUAACACGGCGGCUGAUUAUUGA